UGCGUUGAAAACGAAAGCGUAUUGUGCCACAAAUUUCGUUAUUAUUGAGAUAUCCACUAAUGGUUUAACUAAAAUAUCAAAAAAAUUAAUGCCAAAGUGAAUCAAGUGAGCUUUGCCUACAUGAAAACAGAUGGCAGCAUCAAACAGUUUGGUCCACCUGGAAUAUAGGUGUUCAAGUUUCAAUGCCAUAACGUACUAUUCGGCUUGGGCUACUUUGGCAAUCACAGAACUAAAUAAAUAUAGAGAAAUGCGGGCUGCCUUUUUAACCUUGAGGAGGAAACCAAAAAUGGAGAUGAUGAAGGUUUCAAGUUGGUUUCAUACAAAAAAAGGAACCACAACAGAAGACCCAGUCCCAUAAAAGGUGAGAACAAGGACGACCUGCUAAAAAUUGUUGCCCCAGCGGCCAAUAAAUCCUGGAUCUUUGUCUCGGACUUUGCCCCAGAAACAAAAGCAGCUGAUGUUGUCAACUUCCUCAAAAAAUAUGAACUGGAUGAAAACUGUGUCUGUGUAAAGAUAAUUACGAAGAAAGACAGCUGGUACAGCUCUUUUAAGGUGGGUGUCCCCUGUCAUAAGAAAGAAGCCAUAUUAUCACCCAACUUGUGGCCAGUGGGUACCACAAUAAACCAUUUUAUGCACCUGCAAAGCUCCCGGACCACAGACCAGCUGAGGACUUCCGAGGUGCAGUAAACGCCCCUCCGUUGCGUAAUAAGUGUUCUUCGAAUAACUUUAACAAUUGUAAUGAUUUUAAUAUGUAGAGGUACUCCUCAAUGAUGUAUCAGCAGAUUGUUUAUGUAUUAACGAACAUUGGCUAGUACCAAACGAGCUUUACUCAAUAACUAUCAAAAACUACCAAAUGGUUUCAGGCUUCUCCAGGUCGGUGAUGACUCAUGGCGGUACUGGCAUGGUAACAAAGCAAUGCACAGAUAAUGGCACUUGGUUUAAGAGGACAGAUUUAAAUAUUACAUGGACCAAUUUGACGCAAUGUGGGAAUAGCAUUAAUUUUGCCGAUUUUACAGCCAUGCAAGAGGCCAACGAGACUGUUCAGAUAUAUAACACUUGGGCGCCUUUAAUUAAAAAUUCCGCCUAUGUAGGAUAUAGUAUUUCUCUACUAUCUCUAGUCAUUGCUCUAGUCAUAUUGAUUACUCUGAAAAAACUUCACUGUGAGAGGAACAAGUUACAUAUUCACCUUUUUAUAUCAUACAUAAUGAGGGCAUGCAUGUACUUUUUAAAAGAAUUAUUAUUUGUACACGGCCUAGCAAUGUCAAAUGAUGUAACCUAUGAAGAUGGUAAAACAAAAAUAACAUAUACAUGGAUCUGCAAAGCCUUCAUAACUGUUCAGUGGUACGUCAUACUAUCCAAUUUUAUAUUUAUGCUAAUGGAAGGAUUAUAUUUGCAUAAUCUUAUAUUCUUAAACCUCUUCUCCGAAAGUCACGGGACUACAGUGUAUUGUAUAAUAGGAUGGAUUGCGUCGAUAUUUUUUCUGAUUCCCUGGAUAAUACUAAGACUCAUAUUUGAAGACAGUUUAUGUUGGAAUAAUAAGGACACAAGAUACAUAAGCCUGUUGAUUGAAAUACCUAUUGGAACAACGGUUGUAGUAAACUUCAUUCUCUUCACCAUAAUAGUAAGGAUACUUAUAUUGAAAAUCCACUUUACAUCAACAUUUAUUCAACAUCAGAAAAUUAAGUACAGAAAACUGUUAAAAUCUACAUUAGUUUUGAUUCCGCUUUAUGGAAUUCCAUACACGAUUUCACUUAUGUUGGGAAUAUACGUAAAUAAAGAUCGAUAUUUGGAAAUGUUUUGGCUGUUUUUUGAUCAAACAUUUACAUCGUUCCAGGGAUUCUUUGCUGCUUUAGUGUACUGUCUUUUGAAUAGUGACGUGCAGUCAGAAAUUCGACGGAAAUAUGGUACGCUCUUAGAACAAUCCGAUACGAAGUUUAGAAGAACAAGAACUAUUUCCACCAAUACGCAACAGUUUUCCCUCCAGACUAACGACGAUACGUUGGAAAAUUUGAACUUGUUUGGCAUUGUCGAUGAUGAUACUUUAAAGAAAAAUUUAAAUUCGAGUAAACUGUAAAAUUACUUGUGAUGGCAUUUUUAUUGUGUACUCAUACUGUUACUGAUUAGUACCUACUUAUAUUACAUUUAGAAACAUUGUCUUUGUAAAUGUGUUUUUGUCAAAUAAAUCAGAAACAUCGAAUAA